AGGUGCCCGCUAUUUUGACCAAUCAGGACGCAAAGAAAAAGACGGCCCGGGGCCUUCUUGUUAUAUCUAGCAACAACAUAAACACAAUCGAUUAAGAUGAAUAAUGUCAUGUAAUUAUUUAUUAUGAACGUUUAAAUACAGGAUUAUUGAAGAAUUUAUGCAAGAAAAAUGUCUGAUUUAUUUUCUUUUCCAAGAAGGUCAUUCAAAGAAGCACUAAAGGAAGAAUCUGAAGAAGAAGAAAAAGCAGAUUCUGUUAAACUUGAAGACGAGGAAGAAGAAGAUGAAAAUGAUGAUGAUGGUGAAAAUUUUGAUGAAGUAUACAGGGGAGAGAUACUAAAACCAUGGAUUCCUAUCAAUAUUGGAAAUGCUAAACCACCAUUACCAUUAACAGUUACUAAGGUUAAUCAGACUAAUGCAUUACAGACUGUUGCAAAUACUGAUGCUGUUGUAAGUGCAGAAGGACAAACAUCAGAAGAAUGGCUUAGAACUCACAGCAUAGAAUAUCAGAAACUAACAUUGCAAGAUCUUGUAGAUAAAGGAAAAAUAGGAAGGUUACAUCCUGAUAAACAAACAGGAAGAGUCAAUCAACAUAUACAGUUUGAUGCUAUGGAUGUUAAUGAAUUUGAAUACAGACUAAACACAGGAAUAGAACAAUAUACCAAGAGAAUAAAAUGGUUAUUACAGGGAAGUAAAAGGGUAUUUGGAAAUGUUGGUGGUCAAAAAAUUGGUGUUUGCAUUGAUGCCUCUGAAGUUAGCCUAGGUUAUGGUCGACUAUCAGCUUUAAAAGAAUCUCUUAUUCAUUUGAUUGAUGAACAAUUAUCGAAAAGAUCAGCCAUAUAUCUCAUGUCAUUUGGAUCAGAAAUAGACCCACUUUGGCCCGUAGUACGAGAUGUCAAUCCCAGAGUAAUUGAAGAUGCAAAGGAAUGGGCUAUGAGACUGAUGCCAUCAGGUGGAUGUAAUGCACUUAAAGCUCUAAAAAAAGUGAUGAAAAUGAAAGAUUUAGAUACCAUAGUUCUAAUUCUAGGAUCUGUUCCUGACCAAAUGUCAGAAAUUCUCUGUGAAUAUUCUCAUCAGUUAGGAGUAGGAAGAAAUUUACCUAUACAUACAGUAGCUUAUGAUUGUUCUGAUCAUAUGACAAAUAUAACACUACGCAAUCUAGCUGAUACAUCUAGAGGAAGAUAUCAUUGUUAUACAGCUAACUGUGAGGUAUGUUUUAGAUGA